AUGGCCGGAGACAUGAACAAACUUUAUUCAGUGCAGGCGAUGACGCCAGAGAGCGAGACCAAAGUUAAUGAGUCCUUCAAGUUUGUGUCGGAGGUGAAGAGGGAUGUGUGGAGGGACGGCGGAGAGGAGCGAUCGGAGCCCUCCUGUUGUCUCAGUGUCAGCAAGAUCUCCUACACAGUCAGUGAGCGUGUGGGUCCAUGGUGGGACUUGCCCUCCUACAGGAAGCGAUGGACUCGUCAGAUCCUCAAUGAUGUCUCCUUCCAUGUAGACAGUGGGGAGAUCAUGGGCAUACUGGGCAACUCAGGCUCAGGGAAGACCACACUCUUGGAUGCUGUCUCAGGGAGGAUUGGAAACUGCGGUACACUGUUGGGUGACAUCUUCGUUAACGGCAUGAAACUGAAGAGAGAAGAGUACCAGGACUGCUUCUCCUAUGUGCUGCAGAGUGAUAACUUGUUGAGUUAUCUGACAGUGGAGGAGACUCUGACCUACACAGCUCAGCUGGCCCUGCGGAAACACUCGGCCGAAGCCAUCAAGAAGAAGGUGUCUGCGGUGAUGGCCGAGCUGAGUCUCAGUCACGUGGCCCACAGUGUUAUCGGAGGCCGUGUGUUCCCGGGGAUCUCUGGGGGCGAGAGGAGGAGGGUCUCCAUUGCCAGCCAGCUGCUUCAGGACCCACGGGUGAUCCUAUUGGACGAGCCGACCACCGGGCUGGACAGCAUGACCGCCAAUCAGAUUGUGGUGCUGCUGGCAGAGCUGGCCAGGAGGAACCGUAUCGUCAUAGUAACCAUCCACCAACCACGCUCCGAGCUCUUCAGAGUGUUCAGCAGGAUAGCUAUAAUGAGUUGUGGAGAGCUGGUGUUCUGUGGGCAGCCAGAGGAGAUGGUGGACUUCUUCAGCCAGUGUGGAUAUGAGUGUCCAGAGUACUGCAACCCCUUUGACAUCUAUGUUGACUUCACCUCAGUGGACACACGCAACAGUCAGAGGGAGGCAGCCACCUUCAGUCGCAUGCACGAGAUCACUUCAUCCUACCAGAGGUCUGCCAUCUACCAGAGCAUGCUGGGAAAAGUGGAGCAGAGCCUGCAGCGGGCAGACAAGCCAGCAAUCCCCUUUAAGAGCAAAGAGUCGCCGAGUGGUGCCGCCAAACUGGAAGUUCUGCUCAGGCGAACAGUAAGAAACCUGUCCAGAGACAGGAUGGGUGUUCUGAUGCGUCUGUCGCAGAACCUGAUCUACGGUCUCUUUGUGGCCUUCUUCGUGAUGCAUUUAGACAACGACGUCAACAAGGGUGCUAUACAGGACCGCAUCGGCAUCAUCUAUCAGAGCAUUGGUGCUUCGCCCUACACCGGCAUGCUGAACGCUGUAGCCCUCUUCCCGGCGCUGCGAGCCAUCAGCGAUCAGGAGAGUCAGGAUGGUCUGUACAGCAAAUGGCAAAUGUUCUUGGCCUACAUCUUCCACAUCCUGCCUUUCAGCAUCCUGAGUGUUUUCAUCUUCACCUCCUUCCUUUACUGGACGGUGGGGAUGCACCCUGACAGCCUGCGCUUCCUGUGUUAUUCUGCUGUGGUCCUGGUGCCACAUAUUGUGGGUGAGUUGUUGACUGUGGUGUUAUUAGGAGUCGUCCAGGACCCUAACAUGGUCAACACAGGAGUGGCUCUGCUCAAUAUUGCAGGGAUCUUGGUGGGAUCUGGCUUCCUAAGAAGCACCCAGCAGAUGCCGGAGGUCUUCCAGUGGCUCAGCUACCUGACCUUCCAGAAGUACAGCUGCGAGCUGCUCAUAGUCACCGAGUUCCACGGACUCAACUUCACAUGCAAUAAUCCCAAACCUUUACCAGGAGCCUGUAUGGUCACUCAGGGCAACCAGGUCAUUGAUGAGGGCUAUCCUGGCGCUCUGUCCCGAUACACACUAGACUUUGUUCUCCUCUACUCCUUCCUCCCUGCUCUCCUGCUGCUGGGCAUGAUCAGCUUCAAGAUCAGGGACAAGCUUGCGCGUCACUAAAACCACAGAUGCACAUUUGUGGGGAACUCUUCUGUGUAAACCGGGAGCUAAACUGAGUUUGGUUGUGAAGAUCUAAAACAGAUUUAGAGAACAAUAUGACAUUAGUCUGGGAAGAUGAGUCUUGUGGCUCCUGCUAACAUGUUUGCACCCAUUCCACCAACAUUCAAGGAACAUCUCUGUGUGAACACUUACCUUAAAGUUUCACAGAAUUAAGUAUUAUAUAGUUCAGAACAAUGAUUAAAGUACAAAGAGCUUUUGUUGCUGUAAGGUGUGCAGUACAGCAGGGUUCAUCUGUGUCCACUGGGAUGCAGCCACUGACCCGAUAUGACAGCUAAACACCUGAGUGGUCCUUCUACUAAAAGCAUCGUAAUUAAGCUGCUGCUUGAUUAAACUCAAACAACGCCUGAGAUGGACCGCACAGAUCCUGCACAGUUUCAAUAUGCAGUUUCUGACUGGAACAAAUAUUUGCACUGAUGACUAAUUAAUUAUUUUUAUAUAAAAGUAUAUACAAAGUAGUAAAUAUAAACUACAGAUUAAACUACAAGUCACCAGUUUGAUUCAGAAUUGAAUGAUGGACUGCUGUGUAUCGAGUACCAGAACAAUAUCCACGUUUUAAGCACAUGUAUUACAUUUUUGUUUAAAUAUUGUGAUUGUAGUGUAUCAUUAAUAGAAAGUGAUGCUUAUUGUAAAAAUGUUUAUUUUUAGAACACAUUUUCAUCAUGAGUACACAAGUACUUUCAUUAUGAAAAGGAAAUAAAUAAAGUGUAUAUUGUAUUUA